AUGGCAUUCACGAGACAGUGUGAUGUCCCUUCUUCUACAAAUAUGUUUUCCCUUUGCACGCAGGACAUGAGUGGAUCAAAAGAGAUUGGAACCACAACAGUGGACCAAGUGACUCCCUACGAAAACGAAUCCAACGAUUCAAGCCACAUACGUAAAAACGAUUUGUUCAAUGAGAAGCCAGAUUUAUCAUCCAAGGGAAUACGCGACUAUCUUACUUCAAGAUGGUCCACCUUGUGGGAUUUGCCAUUGUACCACACCGACGAGAAAUGGUAUAAAGUAGUCAAUCCGUUUCCAGCAUUGAGAGGAAUGACAUGGAUGGAAUGGAAUUUCUACUUGUGUGGGUACUGUGGAUGGGCAAUUGACGCUAUGGAUUUCUUUUGUGUUUCGGUGGCAGUUCCUGAAAUUGCCCUUACUUUGGGUGUCAGUGUCACUGAUAUCACCUGGGGUAUGACUUUGGUUUUGAUGUUUAGAUCUAUUGGUGCGGUGAUUUUUGGUAUUGCUUCUGAUCGUUAUGGUAGAAAAUGGACUUUUAUUGUUCUUUGUGCAUUGUUUGUGGUUGUUGAAAUUGGUACCGGCUUGGUUCAGACUUAUCAGCAGUUCCUUGGUGUAAGGGCGUUGUUUGGUAUAUUGAUGGGUAGUAUGUUGCCUGUUACUAUGGUCACUGCAUUGGAGGUUCAACCCGUUGUUGCCAGAUCAGUCUUGUCUGGUUUCUUCUUACCAGGUUACUCAUUCGGUUACAUUUUGGCAAUGGUUUUCUAUCGAGCAUUCGCCAACACUUACAAAGAGGGUGAAGGAUGGAGAAGUUUGUUUUGGUUUAGUGGUGGUUUGAGUGUCUUGUUGGUUAUUUGGAGACUUUGUCUUCCAGAAUCGCCAGUUUUUCUCAAAAUGAAGGCCAAAAAGAAGAGAUUCAAUGAAAAGAAUAAAGUUAAGCACAAGUAUAUUGAUACCAGUGUUUUCCAAACCUUGAAGACCGAGUGGUUAUUGUUCAUUUACCUUGUCUUGUUGUACAGUGGUUGGAAUUUUACCACCCAUGGUGCUCAAGAUUUAUACGUCACUAUGAUCACCAAUCAAUUUGGAGUUGGUAUAGAUAAGAGGACAAUUAUUGUUGUGAUCAGUAAUAUCGGUGGUAUGAUUGGUGGUAUCAUUAUGGGUUCCUUUUCGGAAUUGCUUGGUAGACGAUUGACUGUGAUUAUUUGUAUGGUUUGGUGCUGUGCCCUUGUCUAUCCAUCCUUCUACAAUGCUGAUCAGAACUGGUGGGCCUAUGUCUUGUUGAAUGGUGGUAUUAUGGGUGCUUGGGGUAUUGGUCCUAUUUAUCUUUUGGAAAUGGUUAACAAAGCCAAUAGAACCUUGUUGGCCGGGUUGGCAUAUCAAUUGGGUAACUUGGUCAGUUCUGCUAGUGCCACUAUUGAAGCUCGUCUUGGUGAAGAGUUCCCAAUUCCAGGUGCUGCUCCUGGUGUUUACGACUAUGGUAAAGUCAUGUGUAUCUUUGCUGCUGCUGUUCAAAUUUACAUGGGAGUCUGCAUGUAUUUCGGUCCAGAGAGAUUCCAUGCUAAUAUGCAUGUUGAGGAUUCCGAUGAUGAGUUGCUUGAAGAAGGUGAGCUCGAUAGUGACAAGAAAGACGCGGACAAAGAUAAGAUGUAG